GGCCGGGUCGGCGCCUCCGCGGGGUCGCGCGCGAGUCGAGGAGAGCGGCGGGAAGUUCGUACUGAGUUGGCGCGCGGGGUCUGCGGCUCGGGCCAAGAUGCCUCGUGUCAAAGGAGCUCGGGCCGGACGGCAGAACCCCGCAAAGCGACAGCUAGCAGAACAGUUCCCAGCCGGAGAGAUAGUCACUGACAUGUCGAAAAAAGAAUGGAAGCUCGGAUCGCCUGUCGGCCAGGGUGGCUUUGGCUGCAUUUAUCUCGCUGAUAAGAACUCUUCACAACCAGUUGGCACUGAUGCACCCUGUGUUAUCAAAGUGGAACCUAGUGAGAAUGGACCUCUGUUUACUGAAUUGAAGUUCUACCAGCGAGCCGCCAAACCAGAGCUAAUUCAGAAGUGGAUCCGGAGCCAUAAGCUGAAGUACCUGGGCGUCCCAAAGUACUGGGCCUCCGGUCUGCAUGAGAAGAACGGGAAAAGCUACAGGUUCAUGGUGAUGGAUCGUUUUGGGAGUGACCUUCAGAAAAUAUUCGAAGCGAACGACAGAAGGUUUUCUCGGAAAACUGUCCUGCAGCUGAGCUUACGAAUCCUGGAUAUCCUGGAAUACAUUCACGAGCACGAGUAUGUCCACGCAGACAUCAAGGCCUCCAACCUUCUUCUAAGCUACAAGAAUCCUGACAAGGUGUACCUGGUAGAUUAUGGCCUCGCGUAUCGGUACUGCCCAGAGGGGCUCCACAAAGAGUACAAGGAAGACCCCAAGAGAUGUCACGACGGCACCAUUCAGUUCACCAGCAUCGACGCACACAAGGGCGCAGCUCCUUCGAGACGUGGAGACUUGGAAAUCCUUGGCUACUGCAUGAUCCAGUGGCUUUGUGGCCGGCUUCCCUGGGAGGACAACCUAGAAGAUCCCAACUAUGUCAGAGAUUCCAAAAUCAGAUUCAGAGAAAAUAUUGCUGGUCUGAUGGACAAAUGUUUUCCCGAGAAAAACAAGCCAGGUGAAAUUGCUAAGUAUCUGGAAACAGUGAAGUUACUGGACUAUGCUGAGAAACCCUCUUAUCAAGAUUUGCGGCAGAUUCUUCUGCGAGGACUGAAAGCCUGCGGGAGUGAGGACGACGGUAAACUGGACUUGCGUGUCGUGGAGAACGGGGGUCUGAAAGCCGAAGCGCCGGCAAAGAAGCGGAAGAGAGAAAAGCAGGAAGACACUGAAUCUAGUGUGGAAGACGUGGAGUGCUCCCACCCGCGCCCCCGGGAGGCCAUGCAAACCCUGUUUUUGUCGGUACCCAGAUUUGAAUGCAAAGUCGCUAACAAAAGAAGCAAACCGCCUUUCGACUGCAUUUACUGCUCCCGAUGACUCCAGUUGUGUGUAAAUAUUAGAAAACAGCAGGGUCCUGCAUUCCAAGAAUCACUUGAGCGGGGCCACGGGCCGACAAGUGUCCUCCCGGUAUUGUAGUCAGACCCCCCCCCCCGCUGUUUCUAAUCUGUGCGCACAGCCGUGAAGAAACUGGACUGACAUUUCUGGGCGCCGCAGGGGGCCCUUGAGGAGGGAAUGUUAAAGACUCGGAUUCAAAGUGGCCACCACGCCAGAUGAACCGCCACUGCCACCGCCGGGCAGGGCCAGCGGCCCCCACACACACACACCUCGGUCCAGGCUGUGGCGAGAGGGCCGUGAUGAGCAAAGCCUCCCCCCUUGCCUCCACCUUCUAAUAGUCAUGUAUUUACUGCG